UUUAUACUCCUCUCUUCGUUGAAACCAACCUAAAACCAGAAUCCCUCCUACUCCCUAAACCCAACGCACCAUUUCUGAUUUGCUAAAUGCUCCAAACCCCCCAAUAACUUUCACAAACAACCCCUUCCAAGGAUUGGAGCUUCUUCUCUCUGCACCCUCUUCUCCAAGGUGAUAAAAAGAUGUCAGAAGCCCAAAGGCGGUCACCGUUGGGCGGCGUAGGCCGGGGUAGCUAUGGCUACCUUAAUGGAGCAAUUCCAUUAAGGACCCAUACUCCAUUGCCGGAAGUUGAUGAAUUCUGUUUUGCCCUUGGAGGAAAGAGGUCAAUUCACAGUAUCUUAAUAGCAAACAAUGGAAUGGCUGCUGUCAAGUUCAUGCGGAGCAUAAGGACGUGGGCUUAUGAGACAUUUGGCACGGAGAAGGCCAUAUUGUUGGUGGCCAUGGCCACCUCAGAGGAUAUGAGAAUCAAUGCAGAGCACAUCAGGAUUGCCGAUCAGUUUGUAGAAGUGCCAGGUGGAACUAACAAUAAUAACUAUGCUAACGUGCAGCUCAUUGUAGAGAUGGCAGAGAUAACACAUGUUGAUGCAGUUUGGCCAGGUUGGGGUCAUGCCUCUGAGAACCCUGAACUGCCAGAUGCACUAGAUGCAAAGGGAAUCAUCUUUCUUGGGCCGCCAGCUACGUCCAUGGCUGCAUUGGGAGAUAAAGUUGGCUCCUCAUUGAUUGCCCAAGCAGCUGAAGUUCCCACCCUUCCAUGGAGUGGUUCUCAUGUAAAAAUUCCGGCCAACAGCUGUUUGGAUACCAUACCAGAUGACAUAUAUAGCAAAGCAUGUGUUUACACUACAGAGGAAGCAAUUUCUAGCUGUCAAGUGGUAGGGUACCCUGCUAUGAUAAAGGCAUCCUGGGGUGGUGGUGGUAAAGGCAUAAGAAAGGUUCACAAUGACGAUGAAGUCAGGGCAUUGUUCAAGCAAGUUCAGGGUGAAGUUCCUGGCUCACCUAUAUUCAUAAUGAAGGUUGCUUUUCAGAGCCGGCAUCUAGAAGUCCAGUUGCUAUGCGAUCAAUAUGGCAAUGUUGCAGCUUUGCACAGUCGUGACUGCAGUGUUCAGAGGAGACAUCAAAAGAUCAUUGAGGAAGGUCCAAUUACAGUGGCCCCCCUAGAAACAGUUAAAAACCUGGAGCAGGCAGCGAGAAGGUUAGCCCAAUCUGUGAAUUAUGUUGGAGCUGCUACUGUUGAGUAUCUGUACAGUAUGGAGACCGGGGAGUACUAUUUCUUAGAGCUCAAUCCUCGAUUACAGGUAGAGCAUCCUGUCACAGAGUGGAUAGCUGAAAUAAAUCUGCCAGCAGCACAGGUAGCAGUUGGAAUGGGAAUUCCUCUCUGGCAAAUUCCUGAAAUAAGGCGCUUUUAUGGAAUGGAAUAUGGUGGAGGGUAUGAUGCUUGGAGAAGAACAUCCGUUUUUGCUACCCCAUUUGACUUUGACAAGGCAGAAUCUACGAGGCCAAAAGGUCAUUGUGUAGCUGUGCGUGUAACAAGUGAGGAUCCGGAUGAUGGUUUUAAGCCUACCAGUGGGAAAGUACAGGAGCUGAAUUUUAAAAGCAAGCCAAAUGUGUGGGCGUACUUCUCUGUUAAGUCUGGAGGAGGCAUUCAUGAAUUUUCAGAUUCUCAAUUUGGUCAUGUUUUUGCCUUUGGAGAGUCUAGAGCCCUAGCAAUUUCGAAUAUGGUUCUUGGGCUGAAGGAAAUUCAAAUUCGGGGAGAAAUUCGUUCAAAUGUUGAUUACACAAUUGACCUAUUACAUGCUUCAGAUUACAAGGACAACAAGAUACACACCGGCUGGUUGGAUGGUAGAAUAGCAAUGCGAGUUAGAGCUGAAAGGCCUCCUUGGUAUCUCUCUGUGGUUGGAGGGUCUCUUUAUAAAGCAUUUGCUAGCAGUAACGCUAUGGUUUCAGAGUAUCUUGGUUAUCUUGAAAAGGGCCAAAUCCCUCCCAAGCACAUCUCACUUGUUUACUCCCAAGUUUCAUUGAAUAUUGAAGGAAGCAAAUAUACAAUUGAUAUGGUGAGAGGAGGACCAGGAAGUUACAGAUUGAGAAUGAAUGAAUCAGAGAUUGAGGCUGAGAUACACAGUCUUCGUGAUGGAGGUUUACUAAUGCAGUUGGAUGGAAACAGUCAUGUGAUAUAUGCAGAGGAAGAAGCUGGUGGAACUCGCCUUCUCAUUGAUGGAAGGACUUGCUUGCUUCAGAAUGAUCAUGAUCCAUCCAAGCUAGUGGCAGAGACUCCGUGCAAGCUACUAAGGUUUUUGGUUGCGGAUGGUAGUCAUGUUGAUGCUGAUACACCUUAUGCAGAGGUAGAGGUUAUGAAGAUGUGCAUGCCACUCCUUUCACCUACUGCUGGGAUUAUCCACUUCAGGAUGUCUGAAGGCCAGGCCAUGCAGGCUGGUGAGCUUAUAGCAAGGCUUGAUUUAGAUGAUCCAUCAGCUGUAAGAAAAUCAGAACCUUUCACUGGGACCUUUCCAGUCUUGGGCGCUCCUACUGCAAUAUCUGGAAAAGUUCAUCAGAGGUGUAAUGCUAGUUUGAAUGCAGCCCGGAUGAUUCUAGCUGGAUAUGACCAUGAUAUUGAUGAAGUUGUGCAAAACUUGCUCAGUUGUCUUGAUAAUCCUGAGCUCCCUUGCCUUCAAUGGCAAGAAUGCUUGUCUGUUCUGGCAAUGCGGCUUCCUAAAGAUCUCAGAUACGAGCUGGAAUCAAAAUACAAAGAGUAUGAAUGUAUCUCGAUCUUGCAAAAUGUGGAUUUCCCUGCCAAAGUGCUACGGGCUGUUCUUGAGGCCCAUCUUAGUUCUUUGACUGACAAAGAAAGAGCAGCCCUAGAAAGGCUUGUUGAACCUUUGAUGAGUCUUGUUAAGUCUUAUGAAGGUGGAAGAGAGAGUCAUGCCCGUGGUAUUGUUCAGGCCCUUUUUGAGGAGUAUUUAUCCGUGGAGGAAAUAUUUAAUGACAGUAUCCAGGCUGAUGUGAUUGAACGUUUUCGUCUUCAAUAUAAGAAAGAUCUCUUGAGGGUUGUGGAUAUCGUAUUCUCUCAUCAGGGCAUCAAGGGUAAAAAUAAACUGAUACUGAGACUCAUGGAACACUUGGUGUACCCUAAUCCUGCUGCAUAUAGGGAUAAACUAAUCCGUUUCUCUGCACUCAAUCAUAGAAGCUAUUCUGAGUUGGCAUUGAAGGCAAGCCAACUUCUAGAACAGACCAAAUUGAGUGAACUCCGGUCCAACAUUGCUAGAAGUCUUUCUGAAUUAGAGAUGUUUACUGAAGAUGGUGAAAAAUGGGAUACCCCAAGGAGGAAAAGUGCCAUUGAUGAGAGGAUGGAGGAUCUUGUCAAUGCUCCUUCAUCAGUUGAAGAUGCCCUUGUGGGUCUUUUUGACCACACUGAUCACACCCUUCAGAGACGGGUUGUGGAGACGUAUGUUCGUAGACUAUAUCAGCCCUUCCUUAUAAAGGGUAGCGUCAGGAUGCAAUGGCACAGGUAUGGUCUUAUUGCUUCAUGGGAGUUCUUGGAAGAGCAUAUUGAGAGAAAGUAUGGUUUUGAAGAUCAAAUAUCAGGCAAACCAGUAGUUGAGAAACACACUGAGAGGAAAUGGGGAGCCAUGGUCAUCAUCAAAUCUCUUCAGUUUUUGCCAACAGUAAUAAGCUCUGCACUGAGGGAAGCUACUCAUGGUACACAUGACAGCAUCCCAAAUGGAUCUGCUGAGCCGACAAGCUAUGGUAAUAUGCUUCAUAUCGCAUUAGUAGGCAUCAACAACCAGAUGAGUUUGCUUCAGGACAGCGGUGAUGAAGAUCAGGCUCAAGAGAGAAUUCACAAGUUAGCCAAAAUAGUUAGAGAGAAAGAAGUUGGCUCCAAUCUUCGGACUGCAGGUGUAGGUGUUAUUAGCUGCAUCAUACAGAGGGAUGAAGGACGAAACCCUAUGAGGCACUCAUUUUAUUGGUCAACAGAAAAACAUCACUAUGAGGAAGAGCCUAUAUUGCGCCAUGUGGAGCCUCCUCUAUCGAUAUACCUUGAAUUGGACAAGCUCAACGGCUAUGAGAAUAUACAAUACACUCCAUCACGAGACCGUCAAUGGCACCUAUACACUGUUACAGACAAGCCAUUACCAAUCCAGAGGAUGUUCCUCAGAACCCUUGUAAGGCAGCCAACCUCAAAUGGAGGGUUCAUGGGCCUAGACAUGGGAGCAUAUAGGUCCCCGGUGGCAAUACCUUUUACUUCAAGGAGCAUCUUGAGAUCCUUAAGAACCGCAAUAGAAGAGUUGGAACUCUAUGGUCAUAACACAACUGUUCAAUCUGAUCAUGCUCAUAUGUAUCUCUAUAUCCUGCGGGAGCAACAAAUAGAAGAUCUUGUGCCAUACUCAAGGAGAGUGGAAAUAGAUGCUGGGCAAGAAGAAGCCGCAGUUGAGAAAAUUUUGGAAAACCUGGCACGUGAAAUUCAUGCAUCUGUCGGGGUGAAGAUGCAUCGUUUAGGUGUUUGUGAGUGGGAAGUCAAGCUCUGGAUGGCAUCUGCUGGACAAGCAACUGGUGCUUGGAGGGUUGUGGUUGAGAACGUGAGUGGUCACACAUGCACUGUCCAUAUAUAUAGGGAAUUGGAGGAUACGACUAAACAAAGACCAGUCUACCACUCUAAUUCUGUGAGGGGCUCUCUACAUGGUGUACCUGUGACUGCACCAUAUCAGCUUCUAAAAGCUCUUGAUCGGAAACGGCUUUUGGCCAGGAAAAGCAGCACUACAUACUGCUACGAUUUCCCAUUGGCAUUUGAAACGGCCUUGGAAAAGUUUUGGGCAUCCCAAUUCCCAGGUAGUAGAAGAGUACGUAGUAAAGUUGUCAAAGUCAAGGAGCUCGUAUUUGCUGAUCAAAAAGGCUCCUGGGGUACUCCUCUUGUCGCGGUGGUGCGCCCACCUGGUCAGAAUGAUGUUGGAAUGGUAGCCUGGACUAUUGAAAUGUCUACUCCUGAGUUCCCUUCUGGGAGGACAAUCUUGGUAGUAGCAAAUGACGUGACUUUCAAAGCUGGAUCUUUUGGUACAAGGGAGGAUGCAUUUUUCUUUGCGGUUACUGAGCUUGCUUGUUCUAAGAAACUGCCUUUAAUUUACUUGGCAGCAAACUCAGGGGCUCGUAUAGGAGUAGCUGAGGAAGUGAAAGCUUGCUUUAAAGUUGGUUGGUCUGAUGAAUCAAGCCCAGAACGUGGCUUUCAGUAUGUGUAUUUGACUCCUGAAGAUUAUGAGCGAAUUCAGUCAUCUGUGUUGGCACAUGAGUUAAAGCUGGGAAAUGGAGAGACCAGAUGGGUAAUAGAUAGCAUUGUAGGAAAGGAGGACGGCUUAGGGGUUGAGAACUUAUCUGGGAGUGGAGCCAUUGCAGCUGCAUAUGCAAGGGCAUACAAGGAAACCUUCACCUUAACAUAUGUAACAGGAAGAACUGUUGGGAUAGGUGCUUACCUUGCUCGUCUUGGUAUGCGGUGCAUACAGCGACUUGAUCAGCCUAUUAUUCUUACUGGUUUUUCUGCACUGAACAAACUACUGGGCCGGGAGGUUUACAGCUCCCACAUGCAACUGGGUGGGCCUAAAAUCAUGGCCACCAAUGGGGUUGUUCACCUGACAGUCUCACAUGAUCUUGAAGGGGUAUCAGCUAUUUUGAAAUGGCUAAGCUUUGUCCCACCCUACUCAGGCGGUCCACUUCCCAUUUUGGCGCCCUCAGAUCCUCCAGAGAGGCCCGUUGAGUACUUCCCUGAGACUGCAUGUGAUCCCCGUUUGGCAAUCUGCGGUGUUCUCAAUGGAAGUGGGAAGUGGCUCGGGGGUAUGUUUGACAAGGAUAGCUUUGUUGAGACCCUGGAAGGCUGGGCAAGGACAGUAGUGACAGGAAGGGCAAAGCUUGGGGGAAUCCCUGUAGGAAUAAUUGCUGUUGAAACUCAGACUGUGAUGCAAGUUCUCCCCGCAGAUCCUGGGCAACCUGAUUCCCACGAAAGGAUUGUACCUCAAGCUGGUCAAGUAUGGUUUCCUGAUUCUGCAACUAAGACAGCUCAAACAAUGAUGGAUUUUAACAGGGAAGAGCUCCCCCUCUUCAUUCUUGCUAACUGGAGAGGCUUCUCAGGUGGGCAGAGGGACCUUUUUGAAGGGAUCCUUCAGGCAGGGUCAAUGAUUGUCGAGAACCUUAGGACGUACAAGCAACCUAUUUUUGUAUAUAUCCCUAUGAUGGGUGAGCUCCGAGGUGGGGCAUGGGUGGUUGUGGAUAGUAGGAUCAAUUCAGACCAUAUCGAAAUGUAUGCAGAACGCACUGCCAUGGGAAAUGUCCUUGAACCAGAAGGGAUGAUUGAGAUCAAAUUCAGAACAAAAGAGUUGCUAGAGUGCAUGGGUAGGCUCGACCAACAGCUGAUCCAUCUGAAGGCAAAACUUCAGGAAGCCCGGGGUACUGCUGGGGCUCAUGCAACUUGUGAAUCCCUGCAGAAGCAGAUUAAAGCACGGGAGAAGCAGCUCUUACCGGUAUACAUUCAGAUAGCCACAAAAUUUGCAGAACUGCAUGACACUUCACUGAGGAUGAAAGCUAAAGGAGUAAUCAGAGAAGUUGUUGACUGGAGUAACUGCCGGUCUUUCUUCUACAAGAGAUUGCUCCGGCGGGUUGGCGAGACUUCUCUGAUCAAGACUGUCAGAGAUGCUGCCGGUGAGCAGUUGUCUUAUGAAUCUGCAAGGGACCUGGUCAAGAAGUGGUUUUUGGAUUCCAAGAAUGCAGAAGGUGGAGAAAAUGCUUGGACAGAUGAUGAGCUUUUCUUUGCAUGGAAGGAUAAUCCAGGAAACUACGAGGAAAAGCUACAGGAGCUGCGGGUACAAAAAGUAUUGCUUCAAUUAUCAAAUAUUGGGGAUUCACCAUUAGAUCUACAAGCUCUACCUCAGGGUCUUGCUGCCCUUUUGAACAAGGUGGACCCGUCAAGUCGAGCUCAAUUGAUCGAGGAACUUGGGAAGGUGCUCAAUUAAUUAGCUUCCUUUCCACUUUCAUGGCCUCCUUCAACAAUGGGUACAGAACCUGAAAUUCCUGCAGUUAUUUUCUGGUGAGAUGAAAUUUAUCUUGUAGAAGAGGAACUAGAGGGUGCCCUCUGAUGAGUUAGUUUCACUGUUUUUGCGAAUUGUUUUUCUUUCGAAUUGUAAAUUACUCGUGUACUGAGUUAACGUAGGAUUAUGAUCUUCAUUUGUUGAAAGAGGAAAUAACCUUCUUGGCAUGUUCUGCUCUUUCACGUGUUGCAAAGACAAUGGAGAGAGAAAUUAAGAAAUAUGGAAGAGCAUAAUAAUGUUGAUUACAUAUUAAA